AAAAAUUGCUGGAAAGGACAAAUCCAAAAACUUAAUGCGCGAUCUUCGUAUCCGUAAGCUGUGCUUAAAUAUUUGCGUUGGAGAAUCCGGUGACAGAUUGACUCGUGCCGCUAAAGUGCUUGAGCAACUGACCGGUCAAACACCGGUUUAUUCAAAGGCGCGUUACACAGUGCGAUCUUUUGGUAUUCGUCGUAACGAAAAAAUAGCUGUUCAUUGCACGGUCCGUGGUGCAAAGGCCGAGGAAAUCCUUGAACGCGGUCUAAAGGUACGAGAGUACGAGCUGAGACGCGAUAAUUUCUCUCAAACUGGCAACUUCGGGUUUGGUAUCCAGGAGCAUAUUGAUCUGGGAAUAAAAUAUGAUCCGUCCAUUGGCAUCUACGGAUUGGAUUUUUAUGUCGUUUUAGGUCGGCCAGGAUAUAAUGUUGCUCAGAGGCGUCGUAAAACCGGUAAAAUCGGUUUCAUUCAUCGCCUUACUAAGGAGGACGCAAUGAAAUGGUUCCAGCAGAAGUACGAUGGCAUCAUCCUAAACAGCAAAGCGAAAUAGGAUACGUUCCACAAACAAACGUUUUUACUGUCCUUCUGAGAAGUUAAUAUUAAAACGAAAACUAGGAACUAUCUAAGAACAUUUGCUUAUAAUUAAACUAA